AUGUCUAUCAAAGGGGCAGAGCAGAAUUCAAGUCUAGAUCUCUUUAGAAUACCACCUACAGAUCUUUCUACGGUAAAGUACCGAUAUGUCAAAAUACCACCUCAGACAUCUAGUAUUACUCCUAUCCAAGUGUACGUGGAACGACAAUCAGAUCUCAUCGAUCUUUCGAGAAGUUUUGUCCAACUGGAUUUGGGUUUCAAAACCACAGAAAAUGCCAGUCUCACAGCACGCGCAAACAAUGUGGGUGUGAUGACUUCACCAGCCAACAAUAUUGCACACACCCUCUUCAAGCAAAUCAAUUUCAGAGCCAAUGGUACCUUACUCACCGAACAAGUAGACAUGUACCAUCUUAAAGCUUUCAUACAGACGAUCCUUAAUUAUGACAGGAAUGAUGGAGAGACGAUACUCGAACCAGCUGGAUGGCGGAACGAAAUUGAUUCUCCUGUAACCUACACCGCUGCAAAUGUCAAGAUGGAUGAUGACGCGUAUACAGCUCUUUCCAUAAAUCAUCAAGAAAGCAUCAAGAGACAGAGAGCAGAUGCAACAGAAUACUAUGCAGGAGGAAAGAGGAGAAUCUUGAGAAUGAAACCGUUUAUAGACGCGUUUCACCAAGGAAAAUGGAUCGUCCCCAAAACUCUUUUGAAUUGGAAUUUUAUCUGAAUCCAGCAGCUUUAUUCAUGAAUGGAGAAGCCAAUCCACCCAGUGAGGAAGUCCGAGUCAACCCAGAGGAUAUUAAACUUACCUUCUUUCUAUGUCUGGUGUCCCUAAACCCAGCCGUCUACAUGAGCAUGAUGAGUAUGAUGACCAAAACCCCAACCAAGUAUCCCAUGAUCCGUACCGAGAUGAGACAGUUUCCCUUAGACAAUGGGGCUACUUCUAAAGAAAUCAACAACCCAUUCAAUGGAAAGGUGCCCCAAAGAGUCAUCAUUGGUAUUCUGAAAACUACUGCAUUCAAUGGUCAAUACAACGAAGACCCCUUGGCCUUUGGAAAAUUUGGGGUGGAAUACAUCAAACAAAUUGUGAAUGGAGAAGAAUACCCAUACGAGACUUUGGAACUCAACACGGCUAAUGGUCAAAAAGACUUGGUGGGUUAUCACCGAUUUCUGGAUGCUACUGGCUGUCUGUACAGAAAUGCAGGAAACAUGGUGCGAUUCAAAGACUGGGGUCAUGGAAAAAAUUGCACGCUGUUUGCGUUUUCCAAUGUGGCCAAUGGAAGACACGAUGACCCGGUUCUUCUACCUAAAAAUGAAGGCUUCAUCAACAUUCACAUUAAAUGUGCAGGGCAAGCAAGUCAGAAAACGGUGAUCGUUUAUGCUGAAUAUGAAAGCAUUAUGGAAAUUGAUGGCAUUAAAGGAGCUACCACGAUGGAAGUGCAUUAG